AUGGCCCUUGGGUUGGGCCAGAAUUGGAAACGAGUUCGAAAGGUUAUUCAUAUGGGUCGCGGAGAUCCAUCCAACAUAUGCCAGAUGAUGGGCCACUGCGGAAGGGAUGGAAGGCCAGGUCUAGCUGUACUGUUCAUGGAAAAGAAUCGAAGAAAUGGAAAAAACUCGAUCGACGACUUUACCGGCAUCAAGGAACAGUCUGAUGAUGUACGUAUGGAUGCACUGGCGAUGACUCCGGUGUGCUUGAGGAUAGCAUUCUCAUGUGAUAACCUAAAAGGUCAUAUUCCCAUGUCGAAGGACGACAUCAGAUAUCUUGAAGAGGAGCAACGCGAGAUUGAAGAGGGCUUCCCAAAGUGCCAAUGCUCCAACUGCCUUCCUGAAGAAGCAACUCAACUAUACAAAAACAUGCGCGAACUCACGCUUGAUAACUUCUCUGAUGCAAUCGUUGAUCCAGAUCUUUUGCCAUCAACCAACUACGUACCGUUCGAUGGCCCGUCUCGUAGAAGAGGUCCUCAGAAAAAAGAAUUGCCGGUUGUGCUUCUUGAAUUUGCUGGUUCCCUUGUUGAACAAUUUGAAACAUUCUUCUGGGAAACAUUCCCUGAAGCAGCAUCGUUCCUACCGCACGAUCUUUUCAAUCUCGAGCAGGCCGAGAAUAUUGCACGACAUUUACCAGAAAUCAACUCAUCAGACGACAUAUUGGUUGAUAUAGGAGGUGGCUCAGUGGAAGGGCAGGUUGAAUUUAUUUACGAGUGUGUGGUUAAAUUUUGUCAAGGAAACAUUUUUCACAAUCAUGUUGUUGAUGAAGGGGAGAAAAGAAAGCAAACCGAGAUCGAUAAGAAGGCAAAAAGACAGAAAGUACGAUCUAAAGCGAAUGGAAAAAGUGACGAACAAAUCGAGGAGGAAAGAACUCGGUUGGCUGAGAAGCAUGCCACAGCUGAAGUAGAAAAGGCGAGGAAGUUGGUGGCAGCUGAAAAGAGAAGAAACGAGACGAUAAAACGAAAGGAGAUUGCGGAAAGGGAGAAGGAAGAAAAAAAAAGAAAAUGGGAACAGGACAAGGUCUACUUAGAAGGCUACAAGCAGCUUGCACAAGAAUCGUCGGCGUCAAAAAACCCAUCAGUACCAAAAACAGCACCAAAAGUCAAACCGAAGCCCCGCAAGGUUGUUUCAGAAGCUCCAUCGGCAAGCAAUGUUGUGCAACAAUGA